AAGCUCAAAUCUAAUAACCUGAAAGGAAGCAGAGAAAAGGAAGAAAAAAUGGGGCCUAAGAACACAUUCUUCUUUGUAUUAGUUUUGGUAGUUUGGAUGACAAAGCAAGCUCAAUCAGCACAACAUGUUGUUGGUGGAAGCCAAGGUUGGGAUGCAUCCACGGAUUUCAACUCGUGGGUUUCUGAUAAAACAUUCAAGGUUGGAGAUCACCUCGUUUUUAAGUAUUCGGCACUGCACAGUGUCGCCGAAUUGGCUAACGAGAACGCCUACAAGAACUGUGAAAUUAGCAGUGCACUUGACUCCAAGAGCAGUGGCAAUGAUGUGGUGAAAUUGAAUAAGCCUGGAACUAGAUACUUUGCUUGUGGUACCUCGGGCCAUUGUCAAGGAGGAAUGAAGGUAAAGAUCACAACCGUCUCCGGAAGUGCGCCUUCUACUCCAGCAUCACCCUCGUCUUCAUCUUCGUCUUCGCCUUCUUCUUCUCCAACAACCAGUGAUAAUCACACUUCUGUGGCUUCUAGCACUUAUCAUUCUUUUGGUGCAAUUUUUGUUCUUGCGGCUUUACUCUUGGCUUCCCUUUUGCAUCUUUGAAGCACUUACUGGGGUUUUUUCUCUUGUUGCUUACAAUAUUUUCGGGUGUCUUGUUGCUUACUGUGUAAUUUGUUGAGACUGUGAGGUUGAGUAUUCAUUAUUGUUUUGAUUAGUGUUGUUGAAGAGGGAAAAAUUAAUAAAGUUGCUGAGAGUUGUAUCGGCCUAAUCUUCUAUAGAGCUAUGCCAAACCGUUGAUUUUAUAAUG